AUGGAUACUUAUAGCGAUUGUAUAGAUUCGGAUUGCGACGAUUCUGACAGUUAUGAGAGUGAAUCCAAACAAGUGAUUGUCGGCAUCUGUGCGAUGGAGAAGAAGACAGAAUCGCGUCCAAUGAAAGAGAUAUUGACACGACUUAACGAAUUUGAAUUCAUUAAGACUAUUGUCUUCACCGAGAAGACAAUUCUCAGCGAUCCGGUGGACAUGUGGCCGCUUUGCGACUGUUUUAUAUCGUUUCACUCAAAGGGCUUUCCAUUAAGCAAAGCCAUUGAAUACGUGUCACUUCGGGAACCAUUUAUUAUCAAUGAUCUUCACAUGCAAUACGACAUUCAGGACAGACGUAAAGUGUACAGAAUAUUAGAGGAAUCGGGUGUAGAGUUACCGCGUUAUGUGGUUCUCGACAGAGACUCUCCUAAUCCUGAAGAACGUGAACUCAUUGAGAGCGAAGAUCACAUCGAAAUCAAUGGCGUUGUCUUUAAUAAGCCAUUUGUCGAGAAACCAAUUUCGGCCGAAGACCACAAUAUUUACAUCUAUUAUCCGACGUCUGCCGGCGGCGGAAGUCAGCGGCUCUUUCGAAAGAUAGGCUGCAGAAGUAGUGUCUAUUCUCCGGAAAGUCAUGUCCGAAAAACAGGUUCUUAUAUCUACGAAGAGUUUAUGCCAACCGAUGGAACCGAUGUGAAGGUGUAUACGGUUGGCCCCGAUUACGCUCACGCAGAGGCCCGCAAAUCACCCGCACUCGACGGGAAGGUCGAGAGGGAUAAAGAGGGCAAAGAAGUGCGAUAUCCAGUAAUCUUAAGCAACACCGAGAAACUAAACGCGCGAACAGUGUGUCUGGCGUUCAAACAAACCGUUUGCGGCUUUGAUUUACUCCGCGCUAACGGCAAGUCAUACGUGUGUGACGUAAACGGGUUUAGUUUUGUGAAGAACUCAAUGAAAUAUUACGACGACUCGGCGAAGAUCUUAGGGAAUAUGAUACUCAGAAAUCUGGCGCCACAGCUGCACAUCCCAUGGCUUAUACCCUUCCAAUUGGACGAUCCGCCGAUAGUGCCCACGACUUUGGGCAAAAUGAUGGAACUCAGAUGUGCUAUCGCUGUCAUCAGACACGGAGACAGAACUCCCAAACAGAAGAUGAAAAUGGAAGUAAAACACCCGAAGUUUUUCGAAAUAUUCGACAAAUACGGCGGUUAUAAAGACAGCAAACUUCACGUCAAGCUUAAGAAACCGAAGCAAUUGCAGGAAGUGUUAGACAUCGCGCGAUAUCUCAUCUCCGAAAUCGACCAAAAUUCCGAUCCGGAAAUCGAGGAAAAUAAGUCAAAACUCGAACAAUUGAAGUCCGUUCUCGAAAUGUACGGACAUUUCUCCGGUAUUAAUAGAAAAGUUCAGCUUAAAUAUCAGCCCAAAGGCAGACCCCGUCAGUCCAGCAGCGAAGACGAAAAUUCUGGCGAACCUUCACUGCUAUGUAUAGUGAAAUGGGGCGGAGAGUUGACCGCUGGCGGCCGCAUACAGGCCGAGGAAUUGGGCCGAGUUUUCCGUUGUAUGUAUCCGGGUGGACAA